GCCGAGAAUCGAUCCACCACGGACGGCGACACAUGAAGUUUGCGCUCCGCCCGCUUCUUUGUCGUCCCCCAACAAUUCGUUUUUUUUUUAUAGUUUUUUUUUUAGACAAUUCCCAUUGAUACCUUACUCAUGACUUAUAAGAGAAAGUAAAUUUAUCCCAAAUAACGGAACUCGGAACGACGAUAUGAUUGAAACCCGAAAUCAGCCUCAAAUUCGCAAAAUCAGGUAGCCGAUUUUUUUUUGUACCCCCAUAGGGUGUCUCUGCGUGGUGUAGGGUACCUUGGCGGUAUGAAGCUCAACACCGCCCUCGGUACCGCUGCAUCCCUGGGCCGGCUUCGACCGCGCAUCGGUCCGUCGAUAACCGCCCCGUCGGUGAUACAGUGGACAUGCGCAUCAUGUCGGAGCCAGUCCUCGGUGGCGGGCGCUCGCGCGGCGGCGGGUUUUGCCGUUGGGAACGGCGGCCGUCGAACUGUUGUGUCGUCGAUUCGGAGCAUCACGAGCUCGAGAUACUACAGGCAUGCCUCGACAACAAGCCAGUCGCAGUCACGGUCCGAGUACCAGCAGCAACAGCAACAGCAAGGAGGCUCGAGGAGGCCGAGAGGUAGCGGCGCAUUGCUGCUUGCCACCACUGGUGGUGCGGCGAGUGUGGGCAUCUUGGCCUUUACAGACGAUAUCAAGGCCGGCUACGAGACGGUCGAGAGGUGCGGCCGUGUUGGGUUGGCUUUGGCCGUCUGUAUCAAUGACUACCGAUCAACAUUGAAGAAGCGUGACGGGUUAGAAGAUGGCGAAGAGCAGGAGAAGCUGCUGAGCGAGUGCCACAAACGGUGCGCGGUCCGGACGCUCAAGGUUUUGGAGAAGAAUGGCGGCAUCUUUAUCAAGCUUGGGCAACACCUGAGUGCCAUGAACUACCUCCUCCCGGUCGAAUGGACUACAACAUUCAUCCCGCUACAAGACCGCUGCCCCGUCAGCUCGUUCGAGUCUAUCCAGGCCAUGUACCGCGCCGACACCGGCAACGAGCUUUGGGACGACUUUUCAGAGUUCAGCUCAGAGCCCAUCGGCGCCGCCUCCCUGGCCCAGGUCCACCUCGCGACCCUCAAGGCCGACGGCCGCCGCGUGGCCGUCAAGGUCCAGCACCCAGGCCUGGCCCAAUGGGCACCCCUCGACCUGGCCCUGACCAGGUACACGUUCCAGACGCUGAAGACCUUCUUCCCCGAGUACGACCUGAGCUGGCUGUCGGACGAGAUGGACCUGUCGCUGCCGCAGGAGCUCGACUUCCGGCAGGAGGCGCACAAUGCAAACCGCACGCGCGAGUACUUCUCCGCGCAUCCGGAGCUGCCACUCAUCAUCCCUGACGUCAUCAAGGCCGACCGGCGCAUCCUCAUCAUGGCCAACGAGUCGGGCCACCGCCUGGACGACCUGGAAUACCUCGACGGGCAGGGCAUCGACCGCGACGAGGUCUCGGCCGCGCUGGCGCGCAUCUUCAACGAGAUGAUCUUUGGCGACGGCGCCCCGCUGCACUGCGACCCGCACGGCGGCAACAUUGCCAUCCGGAAGCGCGAGGGCGGCCGCGGCGUCUCUGGAGGUGGCAGCAACUUCGAGGUGAUACUGUACGACCACGGCCUGUACCGCGACAUACCGCUGGACCUCCGCCGGUCGUACGCCAAGAUGUGGCUGGCCGUGGUGGAGGGCGACAUGGACCGGAUGCGCAAGUACGCGCACGAGGUGGCGGGCGUGACGGACGAGUCGUUCCCGCUGUUCGCGUCGGCCAUAACGGGGCGCGACUUUGGCGUCCUCGCGUCGUCGUCGUCGGGCGGCGACGGCUCGGUGCUCCUGGCCCCGCGCUCCCUCGACGAGAAGCAGACCAUGGGCAGCGCGCUGCAGGGCGGCCUGCUGGCCGACCUCGUCCAGCUGCUCGGCAAGGUGCCGCGCAUCAUCCUCCUCAUCCUCAAGACCAACGACCUCACCCGCAGCCUCGACGAGAACCUGCACACGCGCCAGGGGCCCGUCCGCUCGUUUUUGAUCCUGGCCAGGUACUGCACGCGGACCGUGUUUCUGGAGCGGCUCGAGACGCUGCGCGAGCGCGGAUCGCUGUUCUGGCCGCCCAACGCCGUAGGGCUGCUCGCGGCCUGGGUCGGCUACCUCAAGGUCGAGGUGCAGCUCGAGGCGUUUGAGAUGUGGCUGUCGGUCAAGAGGUGCGUCGUCAGUCCGGUGUUGGAGCUGGUGAGGAGGAGUAGACGGGAGGAGGGGGCGGUUGUGGCGUUAUAGACUUGGGGCGCUGGCCUUUUUCUUGUUUUGUUUGAUGUCAGCGCUUUUUCUUUUUUUUUAUAGAUUUUUGAUCAUGGCUAUAUAUUUAAUUGGGCGUGUUACAUCACGUCGUUAUAUUCUUCAGGGCACGGUCUCUAUGUGGGCUGGGUCUGGCAAUGGCGUACCCCAAGGGGCAUUUACUCAAAAGAUCGCAUCAGAUCAUCUCGCAAUCUUUUGCAGUCUGUGGCAUUAUGCUAGUCCUUUAUACAAAUGCAUAGAAAAGAGGUAAUUAUAUCAUGCUACAAAAAAGGAAUCCACACUUUUUCACAACUUCUUCUCCGCCUCCUC